ACCUAUAACUUAAAAAUAAAUCUAUUUUUGAAUGAUUUAAAAUAUAAAUGAAAUUUUUGAAUAUUCAAUAAAAAAAUUUUAUAUUUAUAAAUUAAUAUUGAAUUAUGAGACCUAUACAAAGGAGACAACAUGGUUUGCAAUAUGGCAUUUAUUUGCUAUAUAUACAGGCUUUAAAUUUUGGUAUUGAUAAAAUUCCACCAGCUACUUUACUUACGAUCAUUGCACAAGUUUUACUUUAUAUUGGCUUCAUAAAAGUUCCAUGGAAUGCAGAAGAAGUAUGUAUAUCAGCAAUAAAAAUAUUUAAAUAUCAUGAUUGGAAUUCUUUUAUAAUAUCAAACUUUGAACAUGGUUCAGAUAUGCAUUUGUACUAUAAUAUGGUAUCUUUAAUUUUGAAAGGUUCAUAUUUAGAACCUAUGUAUAAAACAAUGAAUUUUAUUAUUUUAUUAACUAUUCUUUCAUUUGGAUGCAGUACUAUGUAUAUAGGAUUAAGCUAUGUUUUAAUGCAAUUAACAGGAGAUUAUGGAUAUUAUGUACAAUGUGCUAUUGGAUUCUCUGCCAUUUUAUUUGCAUUAAAAGUAAUUGUAAUUUGUGAAGAAUAUGAUAAGAUUCAUGAUAUUGGAGGACUUAGAGUUCCUAGUAAAAUUGCUGUUUGGGUUGAAUUGAUUUUAAUUCAUCUUUUAGUUCCACAAUCUUCAUUUAUAGGACAUCUUGGGGGUAUUUUAAUUGGUUGUUUAUAUUGUUAUACUUUUAUUGGUGAAAUGAUUGAUAAUAUAAUAUAUAUCAUAACCAAUAUUCCCAUUAUACAUGAAGAACAAUUUUAUAGAAGACGCAAUUCAUUAUUUAGAUAAAUUUUGAAUUAAAACUAUUAUUAAUUGAAAAGUUUUAACUCUUCAGACGCGGAUUCUAAUAUUUUUAUUUUUUUUCAUUUUACGAAUCACAAUUGUCAUGAUAUAUCUAGUUAUUAAAUUUAAGUUAUUAAAUCCAAAAAUUUUUCAUUUUUGAAAUGUUUUUUUUAUAUAAAAGUAAUUAACACAUAAUGAAUUAAAAUAUUUAACUUAAAA